CAACACGCCGUGUGCUUUUUCUUUUCCUCCCCCACAUUUGCGGAGUCAUAAGCAAAAACUCGACUCUGUCACUGUCUUACCAACCCACUAUCCCCAGUGAAUACAAAUACUGAGGAUAUCUCCCUCAAUCCCUCAAUUCCUCUUUCUUCCAUCUUUUCCUUUCUACCAACACAACUCGCCUUCCAACGAACACCGACCAACAUGUGCCCCUCGUGCGAACCUGAGCCUGCUGCCAAUGGCAAUGGCCAUGCCAAUGGAGCUUCAAAUGGCACCAAUGGAUCUUCCAACGGUUCUAACAGCCACCCAGGAUUCACCGCCGUCCAGACCAAGUCCAACCCCCAUCCUCACCGAGCGAACCCAUACCAACCCGUCGGCGACUUCCUGAGCAAUGUGUCGAAUUUCAAGAUCAUUGAGAGCACUCUGCGAGAGGGUGAGCAAUUCGCCAAUGCCUUCUUUGACACGGAGAAGAAGAUUGAGAUUGCCAAGGCGCUGGAUGAUUUCGGAGUCGACUAUAUUGAAUUGACUUCGCCUGCUGCGUCCGAGCAAUCAAGAGCUGAUUGCGAGGCAAUCUGCAAGCUGGGGUUGAAGGCUAAGAUUCUCACACACAUCCGAUGUCAUAUGGACGAUGCUCGAAUUGCUGUGCAAACUGGUGUGGAUGGAGUUGACGUCGUCAUCGGCACCUCCUCUUACCUGAUGGAGCACUCCCACGGGAAGGACAUGACCUAUAUCACAAAUACCGCGAUUGAGGUCAUCAACUACGUCAAAUCACACAAUAUCGAAAUCCGAUUUUCGUCCGAAGAUUCCUUCCGUUCAAACUUGGUCGAUCUCCUCUCAAUCUACUCAACCGUCGACAAGAUUGGUGUUAACCGAGUCGGUAUUGCGGAUACUGUUGGCUGUGCAUCCCCGAGACAAGUCUACGACUUGAUCCGAACUCUGCGAGGUGUUGUGAGCUGUGAUAUUGAGACACAUUUCCACAAUGAUACUGGUUGUGCCAUUGCAAACGCUUAUUGCGCUCUGGAGGCUGGCGCUACUCACAUUGAUACCUCAGUUUUGGGUAUUGGUGAGCGAAACGGUAUCACCCCUCUUGGUGGUCUCAUGGCACGCAUGAUUGUUGCGGACAGAGACUACGUUAUGGGUAAGUACAAGCUGCACAAGCUCAAGGACAUUGAGGAACUCGUUGCUCAAGCUGUGGAGGUCAACAUUCCCUUCAACAAUCCUGUAACUGGCUUCUGCAGCUUUACGCAUAAGUCGGGAGUUCACGCCAAAGCGAUUCUGAACAAUCCAACGACAUACGAGAUCAUUAAUCCAGCCGAUUUCGGCCUGUCAAGAUAUGUCCACUUUGCAUCACGCAUCACUGGAUGGAAUGCAAUCAAGUCAAGAGCUAAUCAGCUUGGUGUGGAAAUGACAGAUGAGCAAUACAAGGAGUGCACUGCCAAGAUUAAACUGCUUGCUGAUAUUAGACCCAUUACUGUCGAUGACACUGAUUCUAUUAUCCGGGAUUUUCAGCGGAAUCUCAAGCUUGGUAGAGAUCAUACUACACGACCAGAAUGAAAUAGAGAGCUUGUUAGAGUUGUUGCUUAAGUACUAAAUACUUAAAUCGCAAUUGUAGUUAGUCUUUAUAAAAAGCAAUAUUUACAAC